UUGAUCCCGGUGUCAUGAGGUUCAGGAGACCGGUUAUUAUGAAUAACUACUGCUCCUUGAUCGCCUUUUCAAUGUCUUCUCUGAAUGAGUGAGUGGCCAUGCCUCAAGGAAUAUAUCCUCCUCCUCCUGGCGUCACGCCGACAUUCGACCCCGACAAUGCGUAUUUAUGGACGGCGAAUAAAGCCGUCAUCACGGCUGGGUUGAUUCUGAGUACGAGUUCGUUGGUGUUGCGCGUGUAUACCAAAGCGCAUUUGCUGCAUAAGUUUGGGUGGGAUGAUGUCUCGAUUAUCUGUGCUUGGAUCUUUGCAGUUGCAACUCAGGCCAUGGCGAUCUAUGGCUUCAGAAAAGGAGGACUCGGAUUACACAAAUGGGACUUGACGGUGGAAAUGUUCGACAUCUACCAAAAGGUCGUCCUCAUCGCAGCAAUCGUCUACGUGCCCGCCCUCGCCUUUGCCAAAAUCAGCCUGAUCAUCCUGUACUACCGCAUCCUCGCACAACAAAAGUUCUACCGCUGGGCACUCUACAUCCUCUCCUUUGUCGUCGCCGGGUACAGUUUCGCGAUUAUGUUUGCGCUCAUUUUCGCCUGCCAUCCUAUUCAGAAGAGUUGGGAUGCGUCCAUCACGGACGGAGGGUGUAUUGAUCAGAAAUCGCUGUACGUGUUUACGGCGGCGAUGAAUAUCGUCACGGAUGUGUUUCUGAUCGGGCUGCCCAUUCGCACGGUGACCAACUUGAAUAUGCCGACUGUGCAGAAGGUGGGAUUGUUGCUGAUGUUUAUUAUUGGAUGCGCAACGGUCGUAACAAGCAUCGUCCGUCUAGCAGUCAUCGUCCCCUUCCUCAACACCGACGACCCAACAUACAAAAUCUCCAUGCCCCAGCUCUGGGCUAAUAUCGAAUCCAACUUUAUCAUAAUCUGCGGCUGUCUCCCCUUCUUCCGGCAAUUCCUGCGCCGGCACGCCCCCGGACUAAUCGGCGAACAAGGCAGCACUGCGCCCCGGUACAACAACUACUACACCUACGGCAGCUCAUCGCGACGUCGCAAGCCGGGUCUUACAAUGCUACAGGAUGAUGUGGAGUUGGCGGCGAGACCGGAGAGUACGCAUAGUGAGGUGAGGAUUGUCAAGGAGGUGCAGUGGGAGGUUAAGGAGGAGAGGAGAGAUGAGAAUGCGAGAUGAUUACUAUUAGCUAUGGCGUUUGGGUAUUGGGACUGUAUUUGGAUAUUUAAUAAUAAGAUCUAUGAUAUGUCUAUCUAUUUAUCUAUCUCUGCGUCGGUUUAUAUAAGAUCUACAACCAG